CUGAGCUAUUUCGCCUCACUUUCCUCUCAUCAAACUCCGUUUCUUCUUCACAUCUUCUCUCCCUUUGCUUCUCACUUUCCUCACUCUCCACCUAUAGCCUCAUCCUUUUCUCUCUCUCUCUCUCUCUCUCUCUCUCUCUGCCUUCUGCUUCGGACAAGGAUAAGAGAAAAAUGGGGACUCUCUUGCCGGGAAAAUCCUGCGGUAUCCCGACAAGGGCGGUGGAGAAGCUGGUCCAGGGCCGGGAUUUGGCGGGCCAGCUUCAGAUUCUGCUUGAGAAGCCCGCCGGAGGUUGCGGAUCUGUCUCGGCCAAGGAGCUUGUGGUGAAAAUCUUGGCGACCUUCACUGAGACUCUCUGUGUGCUGGAAUCUUGGGAUUCCGGCGAGGAUUCCCAGUUUCCGGCGGCUACGCCAGUGGGGUCUCCCAGCUUCGGUGACCAGGUGUCGGUUGACUCCGGGGAGAGUAGCAAGCGGCCGGCGGCGGCAAAGGACCGGCGGGGCUGUUACAAGAGAAGAAAGACUGCAGAUUCAUGGACAAAAGUCUCGAACUCGGCUCAAGAUGGCUAUGCAUGGAGGAAGUAUGGACAAAAGGAAAUCCUGAACGCCGACUUCCCCAGGUGCUACUUUAGGUGCACACACAAGCCUGAUCUAGGUUGCCAAGCAACAAAACAAGUUCAGAAGAUUCAAGAAGAUCCCAUCAUCUACCAAAGCACAUACUUCGGCCACCAUACUUGCGGAAACACAGCUCAGAGAUCAGCUUCCCAAGGCAUCUCAGAUGAUCAUUCUGAUCGUGCGAAAUCUUUUAUUCUAGAAUUCGAACCAAAGGGCCAAAUCAGUGAAGAUCAGCCCCACGGCCACGGCCUCUCUAAUUUCCCAGUGCCAGUAAAAGUAGAGGAGCCUAAAAUUAAGGUAUCAUCAUCUCUGGGCUCUAUCCAAUUGCAGGAUCUAUUUUUAAUGCCAUCUUUGGAGGGUACCGUGAAGUUCUCUGAACAUGAAGAUGUAAUCUCCAGCAAUGUGUAUUCAUCUGCAUCUACUGGUUCUGAAGGCCUUGUUGAUGACAUGAACUAUCUGAUUGAUGUUGAUGGUGGUGAUUUUGGGAAUUACCUUAGUUUUGAAGAGAUCAUUAGUGGUGAGCCCAAUGCUUUAGGGCUUUAAUAGCAAGAUGAUAAAGUAUAUUCUUAAUCUUAAUGUAACCAUAUAUAUUCUCUUAACUUUCUGUGGCAUGGAAAGUGUACACACACACACACACACACAGAUAUAUAUAUAUAUAUAUGUAUGACUACGAUCAUCUUGCUUUUGUCA